AUGCUGCUGGUCGGCACACACUACAUCCUUGAGGGCAUUCAUUCAACAGGGCUCCCUUGGUGGGCCACCAUCUUUUGUGCGACAUUUCUGCUCAGGACAGCCAUUACGACCCCAGUAGCGAUCUAUCAACAACGAGCUGUCGGCAGGAUGAUGGAAUUGACACCGGUCCUUCAGGCAUGGCUGCAGACAUUGAAGACGAGCGUCGGUAUCGAUCACAAGGUCAAAGGACGUGACUAUGCUACGUUCAACGCAGAGAUUCAGGACGCUUAUCGAGCCAAAGUCAAGGAACUCUACUCGGCCAACAGAUGCAACCCGCGUGUCAGCUUUAUGUUGCCUUGGGUUCAGAUCCCCCUCUUCAUCACGGUCUCGCUCACCAUCCGAGGCAUGGCAGGAUACCCUCUCCCAUUCCUUGGACGAUCCAAUCUUCCUAUUGAGCCAGGGUUCGCAGAAGGGGGCACUAUGUGGUUCACAGAUCUGGCUGCUGCCGACCCUACCUGGAUCAUGCCUAUCGCCGUUGGCGCAACAAACUUGUUGAACGUCGAAUUGAAUGGACUCAUGAUGAGCAAGACACCUACCCGCAACCAAGUCAUCUUCCGCAAUGUCUUCCGCGCGCUUUCCAUUAGUAUGAUCCCCAUCGCCCACGAAGCACCCAUGGCCAUCUGCUUGUAUUGGUUGUCUUCAGGCUCAUACAGCGUCUUCCAAAACAUCGCCUUCCGUAUGCCCACAGUUCGCCAAUGGCUCAAACUUCCUCCUCUACCAAAGAAAGAGUCCGUGUAG